UUCAUUCAUUCAGUUUAUCGUAUUGUUCUAUAUAUAUCAAUUCUUAAUAAAACCUAAAAUCAUAAAUCAGAGAAAGUCUUUGCAUUCUUAUAGAACAUCGGGUCGAUUUAGAUUUAAAAUUAAUUAAUUACAAAAAUAAAGCUAGGAUUAUGAUUAAAGUAUGUUCAAUGGAUUUUUAGAUGCCAAAAAUGAGUAAGAAGUCUGCUAAAACAACAAGACUCCAGAAUAAAGAAAAAUAUAUGUCCAACAAGAUGGUAAAUAAAGACAGUGGUGACAAAAAGGAAAAUUUAGAAAUUCCUGGUAAGCCUAUAAAUUUGCAACAAAAGUUGCCCAAAGAUAUGGUUCCAGAGGAUAGUACCAGUAAGGUAAAAUUUAAUGAAAUUGUAACACAGUUUAAUAAGCGAAAAUCAUUGUCGGUUAUUGAUGACAAUGAUGCAUUGUCAUCAAAAAUUGUCACUCAAAAGAAACAAAAAGUUAAUAAUUCCUUUAAAAAAAUAUCACAUAUAGAUAAAAUUGAAAAGAAGCCGGAAGCUACUAGAACCAAUCACCCCACCAUGUUUGAACUAGCAUUAAGAAAAGGCCCCACCAUUGUUUGUAGUUGUUGCUUGCGGCUAUGGUUUCCUACUUCAUGUACCAAAUUAAAUCUUCAAAGAUUGGAAAAGAAAUUUGGAACAGAAUUCACAACAAAAAUUUGCAAUGAUGGGGUUUUCUUCUGCAACUCUUGCUCUCAAAAUAUUUAUAAAGGACAAUUGUCAAAGUUUUGGUGCGGCCAUCAUAAUAUUGUCCACCCUAUACCAGUUGAGCUAAAAGAUCUGACUAUCCUUAAAGAAAGGAUGGUGUCGGCCAGGUUACCUUUCAUGCAAAUCCGACAGGUAGGAUAUGCACGACAGUGUUACAUAACUGGCCAAAUAGUCAAUGUCCCUAUAAAUAUAGAUACUUCGACCAAAUUAUUGCCUAGAAAUGUAGAGGAGACACAAACUAUUCAGGUUAAGCUCAAGAGAAAAAUGAACUAUAAAAAUGAUUAUCUCCUGGAAACCAUACGGCCCGCAGUUGUUCUAAAAGCGGCAAAAUUUUUGUGUCAACAACCUCUUUACAUACAAGAAGGCAUAAAGCAAUCAGAUGAUUGGGAAAAAAAUAUUAAUGACUAUAUACGAUCUCAAGUAGAAUCCUCUGCACAGAUCUUAAAUGAAGGCUCAAAAGUGUUGGAACUGGAUUCUAAAACAGUGUGUAGUGAAAAUUUUGAAGAAUUGUUCGAUAAUGCGUUUUUCGAAACAAUGGAAGUGCCCCUAGAAUCUAAGAAUGACGAUAAAAAUAUUCAAAAAGAAUCUUCAAUUGAAAAAAACAAUAUAUACAAUUUAGAGGAAUUCGUAGAUGAAGAAGAAGAGCCUUUAAAUCCUGGGGGCCAAGAAACUUUGCUUGACAAAUGUAACCUAGAAAAUAUCUGUUUUGCCCCAGGAGAAGGUAAAACGCCAAUACAUUUGAUGCUUGACCAGUUUAGCGAUGAACUCUCAUUUCCUACACUUUUCUGUGGACAUGCUAAGCAAUUUCUUACAAAAUUCUCCUAUUCUGACCAGACGAAAAUACUACUCCAGCACAAAGACAGGCGAUUUGCAAGGACAGACUAUCUGUUGUAUACAUUUAAAAAACGUCAACUAAUCCAAUUAUCCAGUGCAAUUGCAACAUGUCUCAGAAAAAAGAGGAAUGAGGAUGGAAAAUAUACAGCUGGACAAGUAAGACAAGCAAAUUUUCACAAGUUGUUGAUCAAAAAGAUGUUACUCUAGAGGAGGCCGCGAGUAUGCCCUACUUAGAAAAAACUCGCUUAAUUAGAACAGAUCCGAUAACUUGUGCCAGAUACUUUGAUUAUCGGUUCAAACUGCUAUUUAAAUAUAUGAAGAGUCAAAAUGGACCCUUUAAACAAAAUCCCAUAGAGCAUCAUUAUUACCGCAUAGAAUUUCAACAUCGUGGGUCUCCUCAUGUUCACGGGUUAUUGUGGUUAUCCAAUGCUCCAAAAUUCCAAGAAACACCAGAAAGUUUCAAAGAGUGUGCCGAAUUCGCGAACAGGUAUAUUACCUGUAAUAGUGAUUUAGAAAGUGUCCGUGAUAUAAUUCAGUUUAAUACGCAUCAUCAUUCUAAAUCGUGUCAAAAAGAAGUGCGGGGACACAAAGUUUGCAGGUAUGGUAUCCCAUACCUUCCAAUGGAUAAAUCGGUAAUUCUAACGCCAAUAAAAAUUGACAAAACCAAGGAAGCGGAUUUACGUAAGGCCAUGUCUGAAAAGUUUUUAAUGAUAAUGCGUAGGCUUAAGGAUAAACCAGAUUUAUCAUUCGAAAACUUUUUGGCUGACCUUGGUAUGUCUAAGGAUGAGUAUCUUAAUGUUAUACAGCAUAACAUAUUUAAAACUACUUUAUUUUUAGAAAGGCUGCCAAAAGAUGGAUUUAUUAACAACUUUAAUGCUGAAAUGUUCUCCAUGAUGAAGAGCAACAUGGACAUUCAAUUAGUUUUUGAGCCAUAUGGUUGUUGCACCUACAUAGUCAACUAUAUCAAUAAGUCCCAAAGAGGUGUAUCUGAUAUUUUAAUGAAGACUAUGG